AUGGAGAUAAAAGUCACGUCGCGAACAUGGAGUCGCAACUCACCGCAAUCUGUAACGCAAUGGAGUUGGCUGCACGCAACGGCCUACUCAUCGGCAAUUGUAGCGUCUAUGGCCUACAUGCAUACGCAACUCAAUUUGUAUUUUAAAAGCCUCGAUGCUAAUCAUGGACACGAUGACCGACUGUACAAUCUCGCGAUAAUCGCUUCCAUCAGCAGCGAACAUCUUGACGGACUGCACCACCUGCUAUCAGAUCUAACGUUCAAGUUACGAUGGCUCAUGGUGAUUUCAUCGCUUGCUGUCUGGCUUGGAACGCUUGUGCUUUCCCGCCAUUAUCAUUUGCUCUCGCCGCUCCGUCGAAUUACUACCAGUCUUGGCGCAUACAUAUUGUUUGACAAUUUACGCGACUGGCAACUUCAACGCACUAAGACCAAAAGGACACGGCGUCAUGGAAUGUGUCAGUACUACUCUUGCCGAUCAAUGACGCAAUUUGGAAGCUGUAAGGACGGCGACUUGGAAAUCGAUGAGAAGGAUUUACUUAUUGUAUCUUCAUUGUCUUUUGAGCCGCCUCUUUUGACCAGUACGAUGAAGCCCUACUUUGCUAAUGACAUAAGCAGUGGUGAUAAAGGCGAAUAUAGCAGUCGUAUGACUGAAAAGAAGGUCGAAGGCAAGGAAUUCUGCAGGAACAGCAACGGAGACGUAGACGGCAAAAUUGUGCUUCACCCACGAGAAGGUGCUCAAGGUGGGCGACAUGUGAGCAAUCAGAUCAUUUCAAACGAUCCAUAUGUAAGCCGGUUUCAUUUUCAAAUCCAGUAUGAUCCGAUGGAAAAGGAAUACUACUUACAGGAUCUCGGCAGCACAACAGGAACAUUUAUUUUUCUUAAGCCGGAUACACCUAAGCGUCUACAUGUGGACGACCACAUUAAGAUAGGCGACACAGAAUUUAAAAUCUUAGCAAUCGAUGAAAAUGUUACAACGGGAAUGCCAUAUUUACGCAUCUGCUUCACUGAUGGUCCUCUGACUGGGAUACGUCAGACUGUUGGGAAAACCUCUGUGACGCUGGGCCGACAUUCAAGCAACGCACUUUGCAUCACAGAAGACGACUCAAUUUCAAGCAGACAUAGCGUGAUCUCAUAUUUUGGCAACGGAUUUUAUAUCACCGAUCUUCAUAGCACUAACGGCACGGCCAUACGCCUCAGCUCCUGUGGCAACAGGAGCCGGCGUCGCUACCUCAUGCAUGGUGACGUGUUUGGCGUGGGCUCCAAUAGAUUCAUGGUCGAGUACUCGCUCCAACUGGAAAGCCAUCAAGCUUGCUCUACAGAAUAA